AUGGAGAAAAAAUAUCAUAAAUUAUUUAAAGGGAAGAGAGUCGAAUUUCCUUUAGCAACAGGUGCAGCAACUUAUGUUUCUUUAACAUAUGAUGAAAAGAAGAAUCCAUAUUUGUUAUGCUGGUCUUAUAUGCACCAAGAGGAACCCGAAUUCACAGUACCAUUAAAAGGAUGUAGAAUAAUUAAUAACAUAACUGAAAUUGGAUCAUGCAUUCAUAUAAUAACAGCAAAUGAAGAAUAUCAAUUUCAAUGUAGAAGUAAGGAAGAAUUUAAUGAAAUGAGUCAUUUUUUUAAUAUGCUUGAUUUUCCUAUUUUAGGAUUUAAGAAUGUUUAUGUUUUAAAUAAAAAAAUAGGAAAAGGAAGUUUUUCCAAUGUUUAUAUUGGAACAAAUAUAUUAUAUGGUAAUAGAGUAGUAGUAAAAGAAGUCGAUAAAUCAAAAGUAAAAGAAUCUAAUGUUUAUACAGAAAUAGAAGUAUUAAGAAAAAUUAUGCAUAAAUAUAUAAUAAAAUUAAUAUCAGCAUAUGAACAAGAAGGAUAUGUGUAUCUUGUUUUAGAAUACUUAAAAGGUGGUGAAUUAUUUGAGUAUAUAAAUAGUAACGGUCCAUACUCAGAACAAUUAGCAAAAAAAGCAAUGAAAAGAGUUUUAAUAGCUUUAGAAGCAUUACAUUCAAAUGGCGUAGUACAUAGAGAUUUAAAAAUGGAAAAUUUAAUGCUUGAAAAUGUGAAUGAUCCAAGUUCAUUAAAAAUAAUAGAUUUUGGGUUAGCAUCUUUUUUAAAUAGUCCAUCAAUGAGUAUGAGAUGUGGAUCACCAGGUUAUGUUGCUCCUGAAAUUUUAAGAUAUUCUUCCUAUGGAACUAAAGUUGAUAUUUUUAGUUUAGGUGUUAUAUUGUAUAAUAUACUUUGUGGAUAUCCCCCAUUUAGAGGUAAUAAUGUAAAAGAAAUUUUUAAAAAAAACAUGAGAUGCCAUAUUAGUUUUAAUACUAAACAUUGGUUAACAAAAUCUGAAAAUGUUAAAGAAAUUAUACUAUGGAUGUGUAGUAAAAAUCCAGACGAUAGAUGUACAGCCAUACAAGCAUUAGGACACCCAUGGUUUUUGCCUAAACUUACUGACAUGCACAUGUCAUCGAAUAUGAAUGAAUUAGCAAAUAAAGACAUGAUUAUGCAAAAAACAACUGAAUAUGAUAUGUGCAAAAAAUGUAAACAUUAUCCUAUUGAAAAUAAUGAAAAAGGAAAUAAUAAUAUGAUACAAAAUAAUAAAAAAUACCAUGAUACUAUGCUCAAAAUUGAUGAAAAAUAUUCAGAAAAUAUAAUUAAAGCUAAACCUAGUAUUGACUCUAUUUCUUUAAAUAAAAAAAAAUAUGAUAUGCAUUAUAUUACAAAUUCAAAUGAAUAUGAAACCGUAGUUUUACAUGGUGGCUAUUCUUCUCCAAAUUAUGGCCCAUCAUCAGCCGCACAUAAUAAUUUGAAAAAAAAAAUAAUGAACUAA